AUUGAACCCCACAAAAAAAAAAAACAAUUGAAGGUAACACCGGAACCGUAGCUAACCGGAAACCGAAGAAAACCCUAACUAUAUAUAAUUAACUCAUCAUCUUCUUCCUUCAUUUUCGUUUUCACUUUCUCCGAACAACCAAAAGCUUGUAGCUUCCUGCUCCUCAAAUCUUCUUGAAAAAUGAAGGUUGCCGCUGCUUUCCUCCUCGCCGUUUUGGGCGGAAACGCUAAUCCUUCUGCUGAUAAUAUCAAAGAUAUCAUCGGAGCUGUUGGUGCUGAUGUUGAUGGAGAGAGCAUUGAGCUUCUAUUGAAAGAAGUGAGUGGUAAAGACAUUGCUGAGCUGAUUGCUUCUGGUAGGGAGAAGUUAGCGUCUGUGCCAUCUGGUGGUGGUGUGGCUGUUUCAGCUGCUCCAUCAAGCGGUGGUGGUGGUGCUGCUGCCCCUGCGGAGAAGAAAGAAGCCAAGAAGGAAGAGAAAGAAGAGUCUGAUGAUGACAUGGGAUUCAGUCUCUUCGAGUAAGGUUUUUGUCCCCACGGAAAGGAGUCGAGAUUUGAUUUUUUGUUCUCUUAGUGGUUCUGGUUUUUGCUUCUUGGAUUACGAAUUUUACUCCUUAGAUAAUGAAGCAAGAAGAGUUUUUUCAACUAUGUUGCGACCUUGCGGGUUAUUCAUUUAUCGUUUUCCGUUUGAUUUACAUGUUGAAUCUGGUCUAAGCUUGUAAUUUACAUAGUUUAGUUCAUAGUAUGUUAGCAUAUCACAAAAUAAGUGCCUAAGAGGGCUAGAAUUUGAUACACUCAUGGAAAAGUUUAUCUUUAGUGAUCCCAAAUAAACAGAAAAAUCCAAAUCCAAGUGAAAUUGAGA